AGGUUUGAUUACUCUACAAUUUUGGAUUUAAUUUAAUGUGUAGGUUUGCUUCCAAAUGAAAUAUCAUAUAUAAAAGCUUUAGAGUGUAAAUUAGGUGACAAACGAUCUGUUAUGACAAGUCUAUUAACUGGCGCGGAAACAGAACUCUCUAAGAUGGUGUUAACUUCGACGGAACCAUACACAAAUGAAGUUGAGGAUAUCGGGGGCGAAAGUACAUUAACUGCUGAAGCAUUCAUUAUAGAAAAUGCCAAAUGCUUUCUUUGCGAUCGUAAUUUCGUCGAAGGUGAAGGUACCUUUCUGAUAUUUGAAAGCCGUUUGCGAGAUGAUGGAGGAAUUGAUAAUCCAUUGUCCUUCAUAUUAUCAACGGCACUAGGCAGGGACCUGGAUGAAACUAGCGCCCAUUCAGCCUUACUUUGCGAGGCGUGCAACAAAAAUGUCAUUGAGUUUGAAAAGCUACUUCAGAAAUUUUGUGAAAUGCGCAUUCGUAUAAUCACUUCUUACAAUCAGACCGUAGAGGGCUAUAACAUUGAACCAAUUCUAAUUGAUUUUGACGGCGAAAUCUCUCACGGAGAUAAAACCGAGGUUAAAGAUGUGCUUGACAGCAUAAUUUUUGAUGAAGCAAAGAGUAAAAAGGAGAGUUUAAAUAUAAUCACACCCCCUAAUGAAAGCCAGAGAUGUUGGGAAAACAAUGGCACAAAGAAAAAUAAUUCGGAAGUUCUUGUGAAAGCUGAACAAAUUUUGCAAGACCCAGAUUUAGUCGAAGAGAUAAUAGACAAUGAAACAAUUGUUGGCGAGUGCAUCAUUUCGCAUACUGAUUCUGAAGUUAGAGGAGAAUACGGCGAAAGCGGUUUUGUAAAAUGUAAUGACAUUGAUUCGGACUUACGUGUUAAUGCUGAGCAAGAUGUAACGAUAUGUCAGAUGCGAGACGAAUUCAAUGGCAGUUCUUCCAUUUCAGGUGUCAAAAGCGAAGAAUCUUUAAUGUACGAUCCAGAUUGUAGUAACAACAGCGCAUCCAUAUUACAUUAUACGAUGAAUGAAGAAAAUUCAGAUGAUGAGCAUGAUAUAGACGAGAACGCACGGUUUGGAAAAAUAAAGACGAUUUUCGAGCAGCAGGACAAUAUAUACUUUUGUCUGUUGUGCAAAGAACGAAAAGCAAUGGUUGCGGAUCCAUUUACGGAGCAUAUGAUUAAGAAUCAUGGCAUACACUUUUAUACUUGUGAAUUUUGUUUCGCUGGUUUUCUUUCUAAUGAGAGUUUAAAGGAGCAUGUUGACAAAGUGCAUUCCCAUCUAUAUAUUGCAAUGCAAGAAAAUUCUGAAGAAUAUCAGUGCAAUAUAUGUCAACAAGUUUUCGUCAGUCAAAGAUUGCUGCGUUUGCACAAACGCACUCACAACAUCGCUACCUUUCAAUACGAAUGCUCCGAGUGUCAGAAGAAAUACAGUUGCCGGAACUUGUUGAUUGAUCAUAUGAAUACGCACACUGGGGAACGACCAUAUAAGUGCACGAAAUGCCCCAAGAAGUUCGCGUCAAAUUAUACAUUGCAGGCGCAUAUAAAAAUUCAUAGUGAACGGCUGCGUCCAUAUAAGUGUGAUAAAUGUAACAAAGCAUUCCUUAACCAGCAAACUCUUACGCACCAUAAGAAGCUACACCUGGGAGAGAAAUCAUUCAUUUGUGAUAUAUGUUCAAAGGCCUUCGGCACACAGCACAACCUGGAUGUGCACAAGAUUGUACAUUCUGGGCAACGACCGUUCAUAUGCCGAACUUGCGGCAAAUCUUUUUCACGCCGCGCGGAAAUCAAAGAUCAUGAACGUAUACAUACUGGGGAAAAACCUUAUAAAUGUGAUAUGUGCGAUGCCGCUUUCGCCCAACGCUCAAAUCUAAUGACACAUCGAAAGUCUACACAUUUAAAUGAAAAAUUACACAAAUGCGAUCAAUGUGGUCGUUCUUUUAAAAGACGUCGCUUGUUACAGUAUCAUAUUAACGCCGUGCACACGGGUGUACGCCCUCAUGAAUGCGAAAUAUGUGGUUCGUCGUUUGUUUAUCCAGAACAUAAAAAGAAACAUAUGCUUAUACAUGGAAACUCUAAGCCAUAUACCUGCGAAGUAUGCGGCAAAGAGUUCAACAGUUGUGCAAAUCGAAACGCUCAUCGUUUUGUUCAUAGCUCCAAAAAACCAUACGAAUGUCUCAAAUGCGGUGCCGGGUUUAUGAGAAAGCCACUGCUUUUGGCACAUAUGAAACAUGCAGGUCACACGAAUGACACUAUAAUAAUAAACCAGCCGCAUAUUAACGACAAAGGCACACUGACAUUAGGAAGUGAGAUGAUUAUGGUUGACUCGCAUGAUACAGCAAAUGAACAGAAUGAAGUUCCUGUCCAUUUUUUACAAGAAUCAAAUACAAGUGUUUGUAAUGAAACACUGCAAAGUAUUCCGCAGAGUACAGCUGAUAUUAUAUGUGAUGUUGCAGAAACGGAUAGCGUGCAGUAUCUGGAGUUUGAUGAUUUAGACAAAGAUGGUCACCAAAUAAUAACUUGGGUAGAUAUUAGGCGAGAUAAAGAAGAGAUUUAGUGGUGGUUGAAAUUUGUAUACGAAGGUCACUAUUUAUGUUGAGAGCGGAGGCAACGCUAAGUAUUAUUUGUUGUAUGCUGCUAUUUCCAUUGAAAAGUUUUGUAGUUUGACUAUAACAUUACUCAGUAGAUCGUUUUCUCAUCUCACCAGGAUUUGUGUGGUUUACUCUUCUUUUUCUUUACUGGCGCAGUAACUGAGUUCAACAAAGCGCGCCAAGCUCUUCUACUCUUGACCCUUCCAAUGCAGUGGAGGUGUUCCUCUUUUUCUGCUACCACCUUCGGGCAGCGUAUCGAAUCAGAACCGGUGUGUUUCCGUAUGACAUGAUUUAGCCAGCGGUCGCUGCACUAUGUCCAUGUUUGUGUACAUCUCAUAUAGCUCAUCGUUCUUUCGUGUUUAAUAUUUGCCCUCACCAACGCGCAAAAGUAAGUAAAUUUGCCACAGAAUCUCUCCCUCGAGCACUUCAAGGGCCUUCACACCACUUCAAGGGUCUUCACUUUUGUUCGUCGAGAGAUGAUUGCCUUCUUAAUCAAAAGUAGCACUUGCUGACAACAGAGAUUCCUUUUUUGGAUUUCAAGGCUAAUGUUAUUAUCGUUGUUAAUACUGGUUCCCGAAUAGACGAAGUCCUUCACUUUUUCAAAUCAAUAACUGCCAAAAGUAACGGGGUUCCUAAAUCGCGAAUGCACUGCAUUUUUGUGUGAUAAUAGGAGAUACUUCGUUUUGUCCUCAUUCACCUUUAGACACAAUAGCGUUGCUGUUAAUGGCGAUGAUGUCGAUAUCAUUACGUCGAUGCGUCUGAUAUCAAUCAGUAAUUGUUCGCUCUUGUAGAAGGCUGUAUCAGCUCGUACUAUCUUCUCUGAAUUUUAGGACAGUGCGACGAUAGAAAUCCUCUUUGCCCACCUUGGCAUUAAAACCGCCAAGUACGUGGCUGGGCAUGUAUGUAAGUAUGUGCUCAAGAUGCUCGUAGAAGAGAUCCUUGAGAUCGUCCUCUUCCGUCGGGGCGUUGGCGCAAAUCAGCGAUAUGUUGACAAAUUUCUCUUUGUUACGGAUUGUGGCAUAACGUUCGUCCAAACGGAAUUUCUCUCCCACCGCAAAUUCGACACCGAAUUUUCGUUCCUUUACACGACAACUGUAAUAGACGUUACAAAGUCCUGUGAUUUUCUUUCUUUGUUCCGUCCAUCCACUUUCUUGCAUAAUGAUGAUUUUAGCCUUAGCAUUGUCGAGGACAUCAACUAGCCUGGCAGAAGGUCCUUGCCAUUUAACAGUUCGUACAUUCCUGGUGCACGCCCUGAAAUCAUAUUAUUUAUCUCAUUUUUCGUGGACAUCAGAAAAUUCUUAACGGAGGCAUUGCUAUUCUUCUCAUUGGGAUUUUUUUUUUUUGCGAGACGGGUUAAAAACUCGGCACGCACGGUCCGUUGUGCCUUUUCACAUCAGUUUGCCUCCAACCCGGUGUUCGGAAGCUACCCUGAAUAUAGUUGGGAGAAACCCAGAGGUUGUGAGCUGCUUCAAUCGUAUGCAGGAGAAUUGGUGUGGUGAAUCGGUGAAUGGUGUUCAGAAACUUUCCCCACUGCGUAGACUUCUACGCCCGGAACCACCUUCUAUGUUAUGUUGUUUACAGUUACUUUAAAUUUGGGUACGUGGGUAACCCAAAGGUGGAUUAUUAAGGCAAAAAUACAUUGACAAACAUGUUUUCACUUUUCAUGGUUACGGCAGUCCUUUGUCACUAUGAUUUUAAUCUCGGGUAUCCUUCGAUCAGGCCCGAAUUUCUUGACGGUUAUAAGAUCGUCACAGGCAACGGAGGCUCCUGUUUUUUAUUAUAAAGACUCACAAUAUGAAUAGUUACUGCGUAUCUAUAGCAUUAUUUAGUAGCACUGUAUAGAUUCGUGCUUAUCUGUACAAAUUUUCCCAGUACGUGUAAAAGGGGCACAUAUUUUAGUGAAAUCUUGACUUCUAUUCAAAUAAAAUAAAAAUAAAUAGAUUUAGUUUUUGCAAAUAAUUACUGUUAGAUGUAAUUCGAAAUCAAUAAAGAAAUAAUGCCAAAGCAUUAAA